AUGGCCCCAGUACAAGAUAUUUUAACCUUAAAUCUUAUAAGCCAUAUCUUAAUUGUACUACUUCUACCGUUACCAGUCCUAUCAUCGCUAGCGGACCUAAAAAGCUACUGUGACAAUGCCAACAUUGUAAAGUUAGUUUUGUCAGCCGACGAUUAUGAAAAGCCGGUUUGUGUGAUUCAUGUAGAGAAGAGAGAUCGACGACAUUGUUCUGCCAUCACCAAUAUUGACCUAUCAAAGUUUUUAGUACAAGAAGAGUACGAAAGCUACGAUGGGUACCUGGGCACGGUAAAACUUGGGGAUUCAUGGCCUGGCAAACGACGGUGUUAUGUUUGUGAGUUUUUUAGUUUGAAACUAACAAGUAAAGUACCAGACCUGUUUCGCUUUGAUUGACCUCAAACUUUUUAUUUAGAAAGACCAUAUAAAUAAAAGAUCUUCAACAAAGUAUUAAAUCGCGCUUUACAGGAAAUCUCAAGAAAAGCGAGAUCAAAAAAUUACGUUUUGAAUUUUUCGCCAAAUUGGCAUUGUGUUUCAAGCUUAUAACUUUGUCAUUUUUUGAAAUCAAACUAUUUUUCCUUGUUAUACUAGUAGAAAACGUUUAAAUAAACCUAAAUUUUAAAAGUUGUCAGCGUAACCUGGCUGAAAAGUAAAAACUGCUUGAAAUACAAUGCCAAAUAAGCGGCCGCGGUAACUUCAAAUAUUUGAAGUUUAAAACUUAAAAGGGCGAGUUAAAAUUUUUUACGGGUACUAUUGGUGGCACAAAGAUUUCAUAUUAAAAUUUUGAGAUGAAUCUGAGUGGGUCAGAUAAGCUGCUUCCUUUGUUAUUCUGGAUGAAGCAGUGAGGUCGGUAUUAUAGAAGUGGGGAUGAAUGAGAGUGAAUGCAUGGUCCAGCUCAUCCUGACUUUCUCAGAAAAGCAAAUAGCUUCAACUUACAGAUACUGUAUCUCGCUUUCACAGUAAAAAUUCUUCAAAAUUGAAAUGACAGAACCUCAUGCUAUAUUGGUACCUCAAAUAACCUAAAUUUAACAUUUUCCUAAAAAGUUGUGUUACAUUUUCCAAAGUACUACAACUUUCGCUUUAGCCUCGUUGACCUCGGAGAAACUCACGUUCGAUUUCGAGCCGACUCUUCAGAAUAAGGAGAUUCCGGAACUCGAGUUCUAUGACAACAAUGUGUUCGAUGAUGAGAUUAGGUCGUUCGAAUGA